GGGAUGUAACUAGUGUAUGUUUGGACAUGUAGAUAAAAAUGUUGUUUAUAGUAAAUGGGAUUUAUUUGUGUUUAACAUUCAUAUCCUAUAUAAAGUCUAAGCAACUUUCAAAGUCUUCAUAUUUAUGACAAUGUAAAUGAAGAGUGUAGACCUAACUUUGUUUAUGUUGCCCCAUACAGAAGUUUUGACAUCCAGGAAUCAUAAAAUGCGAUGAGCGUGCAAUGUCGGCCAUGAGACAACGGGAGGUCCUAUCUCCCAUUGUCAGCACACCAAACAUACCUCAAAGACAUUCACAAUCAUCAGUCAUCUCACCAUCACUAGGCAAAGUUACUAGCGUCAGCAGUCCAUCAACGUUACUGAUGGAGCAGCAAGAUGAUGAACUGGAAAGGAAAGCUCGUCGUAGGUCAAGGGUCAUGGACCUGCAGCGUAAAAACAUGGGCAGUCCAAGUUCACCAGCUGACAGAAGAAAGUCUCUGCCGUUGAGUGGCUUUUCCACAGCUCAGCUUACAGAACAUUAUACCAGCUGUAUCAAAUUGUCUGCAGAAAAUAAAAUCAAUGCGAAGAAUGCAUUUGGUCUUCACCUGAUAGAUUAUAUGUCAGAAUUGUUGAAGAAAAAAGAGCUUGAAAACUUCCAGGUUGCUAGUACAACUUUAGAUGCCAGUGCAAAGAUUUACGCUGGCAGGGUGGAUGCAAUUCAUGCAGAAACAUACAAAGUUCUCAGUGGCCUAGGGAGAGGGGCAGACAAACAGAAACAUUCACAAGAUGAUGAGGGAGCAGAAAUGGAAGAAGGGGCUGAGGGUGAACCCAGAACUGAUGAAGUACAGAAAAAGAAGAAAAAGCGGAAAAGUAAAACAGUGGAGACAAAUCUAAAGAACAUCAAUGUGAACAAGUUUGAUCUUGAGUUUGAGGUUGAUCCAUUAUUUCAAGUAAUGUCUGCAGCGUUUGAUGAAGGAGGAAGCAGUGGCUUGCUUUUAUCUAAUUUACGCACUUUCGAUAACACACAGCGACUUGUUCUUGAUUCUAACACGCUGAUUAGCCCCACUGAUGACUUAGAUACAUCGAGAAUUGAACAGAGAAAAGAAACAGUUGAUGUGUCAGAUUAUAAAGGUUUACUCAAAGAAAAUUCUUCAGCAGAGCAAUUGGUUUGUCCAGCAUUUUCAACUUACAGAUUUACAAAUUGGGAUUCCUCUGACCAAAGUUCUAUACCGGGAAUAUCAGCAUCACAGGAGGAACAUCGGUUUGAUAUGGACGCUGAACCAGAACCUAUACCAGAUAAUCAUGAUGAUAUGUCAGUGCUAGGGGGUGGAGAUGGCAGCUUUUUAGGGGAUGAUCUUGAAGAUGUAGCAGACACGAAUCUAGACGAGGAUAUGGGGAGAGAUAAUUGUAUAGGUGAUGGAAAGGCAGCUAAACUUGUACAAUCUGUACUUAGUGAUAUGACACAUGGUACAACAGGGACAUUAAUGCAGGUUUUAUCUACAGAACCCUCAGAUUAUUCAUAUUUUAACAAAGCAUUGUUGAGAACCUGGGCAGGACCGUCACAUUGGAGGGCAGGACAUCUAUCGAGAGAAUUGGGGAAGUCAGCAUCCACUACACAAGCACAGAAAAGUAAAGGCAAGAAACAAGUGUUUAGAAUAGACUUUGAUGAAGAGAUAGACUUUGAUUCAAAGUUUAAAAUUUCGAAAGCGACGGCACUCACAAAGAAUACAUUAAAUAAAUACAGUAAAGAGCAGACAACUUUACCCAAGGAUCAUCACUAUGAUGCUGACAAAUUGUUCCGAUUGUUCAUGUUAAAGCGAAGGAUGAUUAAACGUGAGAAGACAAGUGCUAAUGUAGAUGAUGCUAUAGAGAACUACGACUACGAGAAUACCAACGACAUGGAGAACUACUGUCCCAAUGAUGAGCAGGUUGAUGAUGAUAACGACAGUGGAGAUAUGGAUUUUGGCAAUUUUGUUGCGGCUGGUACAGAUUUCAGGCAGGAGUCGUCAUCUCAGGAUCCGUUCUCACAGUCUCAGGAUACAUUUACACAAGUUAAUCCAGGUGAUGGCACGAUGCUGACUGGAGAUAAACUUAUUGCACAACCGUAUAAGGUUGCUAAGAUUGAUAUAGAUUAUGCCAAAACUGCAAAGAAACUAGACGUGAAGAGGUUAAAGUCAUCUAUGUGGAACUUACUCAAAUCAGCACCUAAAGAUACAGAACAGACCUCAACAUCAGAAGAUGGUAACACAAAUAAUUCAGCUAGCAGUGAGCCUGUUCCUGGAACCAGUAAAGAGAUGGAGGGAAAACUGACAUUCCAGAAACUUCUAAACGAUCUACCAGAAAAGGUGUCUGGACAGACGGCGAAAAAUCUCAGCGUUCCUAUCGCAUUUGUCUGUCUGCUUCAUUUAGCUAAUGAAAAGACUCUUAAAAUAGAAGAAAGCAAUAACAUGGAAGAUUUGACGAUUACACAAGGUCUAUGAAGGAGAUCAUACAGCCUUAGGUUUACAUGGCUUUCUUUCGGAGAUGCCCCUCGGGGACUGAGUUAUUGUCUUAAAUGUAGCCGGUUCUCUUAUUAUAUAAACAAACGCAGAAUGCAUGAAUUAAAGUGUAGAAAACAAGUGGUAUGUUAAGUUGGUCUGACAUACACAAUGGCAACUGGAUGAGGAAUACCUGUUGGAGUAUUGAAUGGCUGUUUUGUUUACAAGUUUAUUGCUAUUCUAUGGUAAUUCAGAAUGUUUGAAAUAAUGUUAAAUGUGGAGAUUAAUGCUCUUAUAUAAGGAGAAGCAAGAAGUGUGUUACAAUCAGUGUUACAAAAGGAAUGAAUUUGUAGAAAUCAAAAAUGGACUUCGAGACAGUCACCAUUGUGAGAGAUGUAACUUGGAGAAAUUAGAAAGCAGAAAGAUUUGAAAAUGAAAUGGAGGUUGUGUAAUGGUAGCAGCAUGAACAAAGAUUGUUUGAUAGCAGAUAGCAGGAAAUAUUGAAUUGAAGUGUAAAGGUACAAUCAUAUGAAAUCAAAGUUGAACAAAUGUGAUAAGUUUGAAGUGCCUUUUUGAGAUGUGAUGGACGGUAAAUAAAGAAAUUUUUCAUACAUAUAACAAGGAGAUGGUUGCUGUGUGUGUAUAAUGCUCACUGGUUCCACACAUUGUGUUCAUAACUCUCAGAGGAAUAACUGCUGUUUAAUUCAGGGAUAUAUGAUGCUAUCAUUUCGUUUCAGUAUAAACCUUUGCUGUCUCUUACCUGUCAAAAUGUGAUGAUUAUUCUUGCUUGAUACAGUUUUGGAUCAUGGAAGAGUUCUCUCCCUUACAUUUAUGCACACUGAAAAUAUGAAGUUCCUUUGAUUUUAUAUGUAAAUGUCCAAAUUCUUUGUUAAUAAUAUUUGCGAGUUUGUUUUCCUGGGGAAAAAAAUGCAAGAUCAAUGGUUUAUUAAUCCUAAUUCUUUCAUAGAAAUAAUUUUCACAGCACCUAAUAGUCUAUAAGAUUGAACAUUUUGCAAAUAGAUAUAGUUGGACAAAUCAGAACAAAUUCUCAAAUAUAAAGUUAUACGGUGUUUUUAAAGCAUUAAUUUUAACUUGACACAUAAUGAUGAAGUCAACUAUUUAUUUCAGUUUAAAAGUUUUUGAUAGUGUAGCUGUUAAUGAUACCUAGAGUUGUGUUGAUGCAGGAAUAUACCAGUUUCCCUGUAGUGAAGAGUUUUAGUAUAAUGAAAUAAAAAAUGGAAUUAUGUUAGGAAAUCAAAUUUUUAUUAUUAUUGUUAUUAUUUAUUAGAACUUCAUUUUAAAGGUGAUUAUUUGUAAAUAGCUCAUUUAUUAUUGUAAACAUCAUGUCUGAUUUUUAUCUAGAAAAACAGAUGUAGAAUUUUAUUGUUGUUUUGAAGGAAAUAGCGGCACGUUUAGUUGUUAUUGGAAAUUUGAAAAGGAAAUGUAUGAAUAUAAGUAGAAAAGUUCUUUAAAUUGUAUCUAUUGCUAGUAUGCAAGCUUAAUACAGGUAGUUCCACAUGGUUUGGUUAGGACAGGACAUCCUACCAGGGGUUAUAGGUUUGAGUCCAGGAGAUAUUCUAUGUUCUCUGUGAGGAUUAAAAACAUAAUGUCUAAAGUGAUUGGUCCUCAACAAUGCAAAGUUGUUUACCUACAAAGACAAGGUAAAUAAAUACUGAUAAUGGAAGAUUUCAGAAUAUGUUUACUCACCUCCAUAUGCUACUUAAAUAACACUGAAAAAAUAACUAAACAGAAACACGCCUUGUGAUUUCCUCACACAUUCAGUACAUAAUUUCAACACUGCAAAUAUGAACAAUUUUUUUCUGAAGAUGAAAAAAUAUAUAUAGAUUGUUUCUGUUGAAAUUCUUUUAUAACAUUAGUUAUGCAUGUUUUAGCAGAUCUUACAUCUGAAAACAACAGCAACUACAGACAGUUCUGUUGUUCUGAAAUAACCACAUUCAUCCAUUUCCCUUUGGAAUUUCCAUAUCAGCUAAAGUAGCGUUCAGUUACAGUUUGUCUGUAAAUAACUUGUAAAUAUGAAAUAACUGUCAUUUUAUGAAUAUAAAUGUGCCACUGUUUGUGUGAAAGUACUUAGUGCCUGUAAACAGUAUGAUGUGUCAUUGUUGAUAUUCAUUUUCUGGCUGUAACAAACCUCUAACUACUGUAAGUCUGACUUCUGUCUUUUCUUUGAGCAGAAGAAAACUGCUUUUCCUACUGAAAAUUAUAGUCUAGGUGAAUUUUUGAUGCUGGUUGAUAUAAGGCUUAAUUUACAUGUCACAGCAAAAUUAUUUACUGUGAAUAUUCAGUCUGAUUGCUCCUGUAGUUGAUUUCAUUAAAUUGUAUGGAACUAUUUUUCAAAUGACAUGCAAGUUCCUGCAAGGUAACAUGUUGCUUAGUGUUAACAUACCUGUACAUUCUGGGAUAUAGCCACUACCUAUACAAUGUAACUUUCAGAUUGUUCUAUGAUAUUUUCUGCACAAUAUCUUCCUCCGACAGCGUUUUCUAGACCUGUUAGAAACAAAAAAAACUACAAAUUCACUAUUGCUGUAUCUUCGCUGGAAGUCAUUUCUGUGAAAAUGGUCCAUUAUUUUACAGUCAAAACUAUUUCAAACUUGGGAAGUUGGGAACAAUGCACCUUGAAAGUACCGGUAGUUUACUAUUGCGAAGCACUUUAAUUUGUUGGAUAUGUAAACAUACUACAAUACGUAAUCGAGACAUAAACCUGUUACUAUUCAUUUAAUUUUUUUUUUUGAAGAUCUCAAAUAUCAUUUUUCACCAUCAUGAUAAUAGAAUAAAACAUUAUUAAAUGUA